GAACACGUGAGUUCCACUCAGCUUCACGUUGGCAUAAAGUAAAGCAGGUUAUUGGUUUAUCUCCGUUAUUUUUCGUUUCCCUUCUUUCCAACAGACUGUCUGCGGAUGAUGCCGCUUUACGAGCAGCUUUUCAGCCAGCUCUCGGCGUCCGCCUCCGCUCCGGAGCCUCUAAAAAUACGCGGAGGUGUCACCGCGGGUCCGGGGCCAGGGCUGCGGGGGUCCGUCUGACCCCGCCCCCUGCCGCCGCCGCCCAAUGAGCGGCGGGCGAGCGGUGCCCGGGCCGCCGUUGUAUAUGGUCACGGCGGGGACAUUCCUGGGAGGCCAGCGCAGUGACGACGAGCCUCUUAAACCCCGACUCGCUGCUCCGCCGCAGUCCCUGCUUCUCCUGCCCGUCGACCCACUACUUGGUUCCGAGUUGGCCCGAAAGGAACAAACGGAGUCUUUCUCUGCCUUGAACUCGGUGGAGCGCGGAGCGUCACUCCCAGCGGGCCGGGCGCCUCUCCCCCGUCCUCUCGUUUUCCCAACUUCUCUUCUCUUCCCACUCGGAUUUGUGCUAUAAAAAGGCACCAUGAUGAAAAACAGCGGCUACUUGGAGCCGCAGCUCCUGCCUCCGCACUUCUACCAGAGCUCCGCCGACAUCGAGGAGGAGGAGGAGGAGAUGCCCGCCACCGAGAAGGACCUCGCGGAGGAUGCUCCGUGGAAGAAGAUCCAGCAGAACACGUUCACCAGGUGGUGCAACGAGCACCUGAAGGUCCUCAACAAGCGCAUCAACGACCUGCAGAAGGACCUGAGCGACGGGCUCAAGCUGAUCGGGCUGCUGGAGGUGCUGAGCCAGAAGAAGAUGUACAGGAAGUAUCACAGCAGACCCAACUUCAGGCAGAUGAAGCUGGAGAACGUUUCUGUGGCGCUGGAGUUCCUGGAGAGGGAGCACAUCAAACUGGUUUCCAUCGACUCUAAAGCCAUCGUGGAUGGGAACCUGAAACUGAUCCUAGGUCUGAUCUGGACCCUGAUCCUUCACUACUCCAUCUCUAUGCCAAUGUGGGAGGAUGAGGAUGAUGAAGAUGCCAAGAAACUGACCCCCAAACAGCGUCUGCUGGGCUGGAUCCAGAACAAGGUGCCACAGCUCCCCAUCACUAACUUCCACAGAGACUGGAGAGACGGCAAGGCGCUGGGAGCCCUGGUGGACAACUGUGCCCCUGGUCUGUGUCCCGACUGGGAAACGUGGGAUCCCAGCCAGCCAGUGGAAAACGCCAGAGAGGCCAUGCAGCAGGCUGACGACUGGCUCGGUGUGCCACAGGUCAUCGCUCCAGAGGAGAUCGUUGACCCCAACGUGGACGAGCACUCUGUCAUGACCUACCUGUCUCAGUUCCCUAAAGCUAAGCUGAAGCCUGGGGCCCCUCUGAGGGCCAAGACGCUGCACCCAAAGAGGGCCAAGGCCUUCGGACCAGGUAUCGAACCUCGAGGUAACGUGGUCCUGAAACCAGCAGAGUUUCUGGUGGAGACGGUGGAGGCUGGACUGGGUGAGGUUCUGGUUUAUGUGGAGGACCCAGAGGGACACACCGAGGAGGCGAGAGUCAUCCCCAACAACGACCAGAACAGAACCUACGCUGUGGUGUACCUGCCCAAAGUGGAGGGGCUUCACAAGGUGAAGGUGCUAUUUGCUGGGCAGGACAUUGACAGAAGCCCCUUCAUGGUCCAUGUUUCCAAGGCCAUGGGUGACCCGACCAGAGUUCAGGCCCGUGGGCCGGGCCUGCAGGCAAUGGGCAACGUGGCCAACAAACCCACAUACUUUGACAUUUACACGGCAGGAGCCGGUGCCGGAGACGUGUGCGUCAUCAUUGUGGAUUCGAACGGCCGCAGGGACACAGUGGAGAUUGUUCUGGAGAACAAAGGCGACAGUGUUUUCCGCUGCACCUAUGUCCCCAUCCUGGAGGGCCCUCACACCGUCUAUGUGACCUUUGCUGGGCAGCAGAUUCCCAGAAGCCCCUUCACCGUGAACAUGUCCGAGGACAGCGACCCACCUCCUGGAUCUCCGGUGCAGACUGUACUUCAGUCCGUACACUGCCCACCCUCAGACACAACAAGGAGAGCCCCCCCUCCAACUCCACCCAAACCCAGGCGACCAACUUGCAGCCCCAACGCCUGCAGGGCAUCGGGUAGAGGUCUGCAGCCAAAGGGGCUGAGAGUCAAGGAGGUGGCAGAUUUCAAGGUUUACACCAAAGGAGCCGGCAGCGGGGAGCUCAAAGUCAGCGUGAAGGGACCAAAGGGUCAGGAGGAGCCGGUGAAGGUCCUGGAGAUGGAAAACGGUCUGUAUGAGUGUAACUACUACCCCAUUAAGACGGGAAGGUACAUGGUCAGCAUCACCUGGGGAGGACACAGCAUCCCACGCAGCCCAUUUGAAGUCCAGGUGAGUGAGGAGGUGGGAUCCCAGAAGGUUCGGGCCUGGGGCCCAGGUCUGGAGACCGGCAUGGUGGGGAGGAGUGCUGACUUUGUGGUGGAGGCCAUCGGGACAGAGGUGGGAACUUUGGGCUUCUCCAUCGAGGGUCCUUCCCAGGCCAAGAUAGAGUGUGAUGACAAAGGCGACGGCUCCUGUGAUGUUCGCUACUGGCCGACUGAGCCGGGGAACUACGCCGUCCACGUCAUAUGCGACGAUGAGGACAUCAAGGACAGUCCCUUCAUGGCCCAUGUCCUGCCUGCUGCCAUCGACGUCUUCCCAGAGAAGGUGAAGUGUUUCGGGCCUGGUCUGGAGCCUCUGGGCUGCAUCGUCAACAAAGCUGCCGAUUUCACCAUUGACACCCACGGAGCCGGCAGAGGAGAGCUCAAGCUCUACGCUCAGGAUGCAGAAGGUUUCCCCAUUGACAUCCAGAUGAGCGACAACGGAGACAGUACCUACUUCUGCGUCUACGUUCCCACCAAGCCGAUCAAACACACCAUCAUCGUCACCUGGGGGGAAGUCAAUGUGCCCACCAGCCCUUUCAGGGUCACUAUUGGAGAAGGAAGUCAUCCGGAGAACGUGAAGGUUUAUGGCCCGGGUGUGGAGAACACAGGACUGAAGGCCAACGAGCCCACGUACUUCACGGUGGACUGCAGCGAGGCCGGGCAGGGUGACGUGAGCAUCGGGAUCAAGUGUGCUCCAGGUGUGGUCGGACCGGCGGAGGCCGACAUCGAUUUUGACAUCAUCAAAAAUGAUAACGACACGUUCACAGUUAAAUACACGCCUCCGGGUCCGGGUCAGUACACCAUCAUGGUUCUGUUUGCCGACCAGGAAAUACCCAUCAGCCCCUUCAGAAUAAAGGUGGAGCCGUCACACGACGCAGCUAAAGUCAGAGCAGAAGGACCAGGACUCAACAAGAUGGGUGUUGAAGUGGCCAAACCGACUCACUUCACCAUUUACACUAAAGGAGCGGGUAAAGCUGAACCCGAGGUCCAUUUUACUGCAGCAGCCACAGGCGAUGCCGUCCGAGACUUUGAGGUCAUCGACAACCACGACUACUCAUACACCGUCCGCUACACAGCGGCGCAGCAGGGGAACAUGUCCAUCACUGUGUGCCACGGAGGAGACCCCAUCCCCAAAAGCCCAUUUCAUGUGGUUGUGGCCCCCCCACUGGACCUCACCAUGGUCCAAAUUCAGGGGCUGAACAACAAAGUGGACGUUGGGAAGGAUCAGGACUUCACCAUCAGUACUCGAGGAGCUGGAGGCCAGGGGAACCUGGAUGUGAAGAUCACGUCCCCGUCACGUCGGCCCAUCCCCUGUAAGCUGGAGUCGGGCACAGCCAACGAGCUUCACACUGUGAAGUACAUCCCGCCUGAGGAGGGUCCGUACAGAGUGGACAUCAGCUACGACGGGAACCCCGUCCCAGGAAGUCCAUUUACUGUGGAGGGCAUCAUGCCGCCCGACCCGUCAAAGGUACGAGCUUAUGGUCCAGGACUUCAGGGUGGUGUUGUGGGCCAACCUGCCCCAUUUGCCAUUGACACAAAGGGAGCUGGUACUGGUGGUCUGGGCCUGACGGUGGAGGGACCUUGCGAGGCCAAGAUCGAAUGUCAGGACAACGGCGACGGCUCGUGCUCCGUGUCAUACCUGCCCACGGAGCCCGGCGAGUACACCAUUAACAUCCUGUUUGCAGAGCAGCACAUCCCCGGUUCUCCCUUCAAGGCCGCGGUCCAGUCGGCCUUCGACCCUAAUAAGGUGACGGCCAGUGGCCCCGGUCUGGAGCGAGGUAAAGUCAACGAGGUUGGGUCGUUCACUGUGGACUGCUCCAAAGCCGGUGAAGCGGAGCUCACCAUAGAGAUCAUCUCAGACUCCGGAGCCAAAGCCGAAGUUCACAUCCAGAACAACAGCGACGGGACCUACUCCAUUACCUACAUCCCCCAGUUCCACGGCAUGUACACCAUCACCAUCAACUACGGAGGACACACCGUGCCGAAGUUCCCUACCCGACUGCAGGUGGACCCGGCCGUGGACACCAGCGGAGUCAAAGUCUACGGGCCAGGAGUAGAACCCAGAGGUGUCCUGAAGGAAGUGACCUCCCACUUCACUGUGGACGCUCGCGCCCACUGUAAGAGCGGCGGCAGCCACGUCAAGACCUGCAUCUCCAACCCGUCAGGGGCCAACACCGACGCCUACACCACUGACAAGGGAGACGGGACGUACCGCGUGGAGUACACGCCCUACGAGGACGGUUUGCAUCUGAUUGAAGUUUUGUUUGAUGACUUGAUGGUGCCAAAGAGUCCAUUCCACGUAUUGGUGACUGAGGGUUGUGAUCCCAGUCGGGUCCGAGCCUACGGUCCCGGUCUAGAGGAAGGUCUGGUCAACAGACCGAACCGCUUCACCGUUGAGACCAGGGGCGCCGGCACCGGCGGUCUUGGUCUGGCCAUCGAGGGUCCAUCUGAAGCUAAGAUGUCGUGCAAGGACAACAAGGACGGCAGCUGCAGUGUGGAGUACUUCCCCUUCACUCCUGGAGAGUAUGACGUGAACAUCAGCUUUGGAGGCUUACCUAUCCCAGGGAGCGCAUUCCGUGUCCCUGUACGAGAGCUGGUCGAUCCCAGUAAGGUGAAAUGUUCAGGCCCAGGUUUGGGAAGCGGAGUCCGAGCUCACGUUCCUCAGACCUUCUUGGUGGACACCAGCAAGGCCGGGGUGGCCCCCCUGGAGGUGCAGCUCUAUGGACCCACAGGUGUGACUGAGCCAAUCAGCAUCACUGACAACGGAGACGGGACCCACACUGUCAACUACACUCCAGCCAGCGAUGGCCCAUACACGCUGUGCGUGAAGUAUGCCGAGCAGGAGGUGCCCUGCAGUCCCUUUAAGAUCAAGACGUUACCGGCUCACGAUGCCAGUAAGGUUCGAGCCAGUGGUCCGGGUCUGAAUGCCUCUGGGGUUCUUGCCAGUCUGCCAGUUGAGUUCACCAUUGAUGCCCGACAUGCUGGAGAAGGGCUGCUAACGGUCCAGAUCCUGGACCCAGAGGGAAAACCCAAGAAGGCGAACAUCAGAGACAACAGAGACGGGACCUACACGGUGUCCUACAUCCCCGACAUGACGGGACGGUACACCAUCACCAUCAAAUACGGAGGAGACGAGAUCCCGUACUCGCCGUACCGCAUCCACGCCCUGCCCACCGGAGAUGCCAGCAAAUGUCUGGUCACAGUGUCGAUCGGAGGACACGGGCUGGGAUCGGGAUUCGGUCCGACCAUCCAGAUCAGAGAGGAAACCGUCAUCACGGUCGAUGCAAAGGCAGCUGGGAAAGGUAAAGUCACCUGUAAGGUGUCGACUCCUGACGGAGCAGACCUGGAUGUGGACGUGGUGGAGAACGCAGACGGGACCUUUGAUAUUUACUACACUGCUCCGGAGCCUGGAAAAUACGUCAUAACCAUCCGGUUCGGAGGGGAGCACAUUCCCAACAGCCCGUUCCACGUGGUGGCCACCGACGAGCCCAUCGGGCCCAUGGAUGGGAUGGAGCCCGUCCUCCGCCCCUUCAGCCUGGUGAUUCCCUUCACUGUGCAGAAAGGAGAGAUCACGGGUGACGUGCGAACGCCAUCCGGUGGAACCGCUUGUCCUUACAUCACUGACAACAAGGACGGCACCAUCACAGUGAAAUAUUCCCCCACUGAACGAGGGCUGCAUGAGAUGGACAUCAAAUAUGACGGCACCCACAUCCCAGGAAGUCCACUUCAGUUCUAUGUUGACGCCAUCAACAGCGGCCACGUGACUGCGUAUGGGCCUGGCCUGAGCCACGGCACCGUGAACAGUCCCGCCACCUUCACUAUUGUGACUAAAGACGCUGGAGAAGGAGGUCUGUCCCUGGCUGUGGAGGGUCCAUCUAAAGCAGAGAUCAGCUGUAAGGACAACAAAGACGGGACGUGCACCGUGUCCUACCUGCCCACCGCACCCGGAGAUUACAACAUCAUUGUUAAGUUUGAUGACAAGCACAUCCCUGGCAGCCCCUUCUCCGCCAGGAUCACAGGUGACUACUCCAUGAGGACGUCUCGGCUAAACGUUGGCACGGCCACGGACGUGUCCUUAAAGAUCACGGAAACGGACCUGAGCAGCCUGGUGGCGACCAUCAGAGCGCCGUCCGGACACGAGGAGCCGUGUCUACUCAAGAGGCUUCCCAACAGACACAUCGGCAUCUCCUUUACGCCGAAGGAAGUGGGCGAACAUGUGGUCAGUGUGAAAAAGAACGGCAAACAUGUGACCAACAGUCCUUUCAAGAUCAUGGUGGGUCAGUCAGAGAUUGGAGACGCCAGUAAGGUGAAGGUGUGCGGUCAGGGGCUGGUGGAGGGACACACCUUCGAGGUGGCAGAGUUUAUCGUGGACACCAGGAACGCAGGUUACGGAGGUCUGGGUUUGUCCAUCGAGGGUCCCAGUAAAGUGGACAUUAACUGUGAGGACGUGGAGGACGGGACGUGUAAAGUCACCUACUGCCCGACUGAACCUGGAAACUACAUCAUCAAUAUCAAGUUUGCUGACCAGCAUGUACCAGGAAGCCCGUUCACAGUGAAAGUGUUUGGCGAAGGCCGGAUGAAGGAGAGCAUCACCAGGAGGCGCCAGGCUCCAUCCAUCGCUACUGUGGGAAGCACCUGUGACCUUAACCUCAAGAUACCAGGCAACUGGUUCCAGAUGGUCUCUGCUCAAGAGCGCCUGACUCGGACCUUCACGCGCAGCAGCCACACCUACACUCGCACGGAGAGGACAGAGAUCAGUAAAACACGGGGGGGAGAGACCAAGAGGGAGGUCCGAGUGGAGGAGAGCACGCAGGUGGGGGGAGACCCGUUCAAAGAUGUGUUUGGGGGUUUCCUGGGACGAGAGAGUCUGAGCGGCUUCAGCAGCAGCCGACCGCAGGACGGUGAGGCCAGUAACCAGGAGAUGACGGCUCAGGUGACAAGUCCUGGUGGAAAGACGGAGAAUGCAGAGAUCAUAAAAGGAGAAGAGAGCACCUACAGCGUGCGCUUCAUCCCUCAGGAGAUGGGAGCUCACACAGUCAAUGUGAAAUACCAGGGCCAGCAUGUCCCUGGGAGCCCGUUCCAGUUCACUGUGGGGCCCCUAGGAGAGGGAGGGGCCCACAAGGUCCGAGCAGGAGGAACCGGGUUGGAUCGAGGAGUGGCUGGGAUCCCAGCUGAGUUCAGCAUCUGGACCAGAGAAGCUGGAGCUGGAGGCCUCUCCAUCGCUGUGGAGGGACCCAGCAAGGCUGAGAUCACCUUUGAGGACAGGAAGGAUGGAUCCUGUGGCGUGGCCUACGUGGUGCAGGAGCCUGGUGAUUACGAGGUUUCCAUUAAAUUCAACGACGAGCACAUCCCAGACUCUCCGUUCAUCGUCCCCAUCGCCACGUUAUCUGACGACGCCCGUCGUCUCACCAUCAGCAGCCUGCAGGAGAUGGGUCUGAAGGUGGGACAGGAGGCCUCCUUUGCUGUGCAGCUGAACGGAGCCCGAGGUCUGAUUGAUGCAAAGAUCCACACGCCUUCAGGGGCCAUAGAGGAGUGUUACAUCUCUGAGCUGGACAGCGACCAGUAUGCCGUCAGGUUUAUCCCAAGGGAAAACGGAGUUCACUCCAUCCACGUCCGCUUCAAUGGGAGCCACGUUCCUGGCAGCCCCUUCAAGAUCAGGGUGGGGGAACCUGGACAAGUUGGGGAUCCUGGAAUGGUGUCUGCGUUUGGACCAGGACUGGAGGGAGGAACAACAGGCGUGGCCUCAGACUUUAUGGUGAACACGUGCAAUGCGGGCUCAGGGGCUCUGUCUGUGACCAUCGACGGGCCGUCCAAAGUCAAGAUGGACUGUCAGGAGUGUCCUGAGGGCUACACGGUCUCAUACACACCCAUGGCUCCAGGCAGCUACCUGAUCUCCAUCAAGUACGGAGGACCCCAGCACAUCGUCGGCAGCCCUUUCAAAGCCAAAGUGUCAGGGCCUCGUCUGUCCGGCGGCCACAGCCUGCAUGAGACGUCCUCUGUCCUCGUGGAAACCGUCACCAAGUCGUCGGCGGUGGGCGGGGCCUUGACCUCCUUACCCAAGUUCUCCUCGGACGCCAGCAAGGUGAUCUCCAGAGGCGCCGGUCUGUCGAAAGCCUUCAUCGGUCAGAAGAACAUGUUCACGGUCGACUGCAGCAAAGCAGGCACCAACAUGCUGAUGGUCGGUGUCCACGGGCCCAAGGCGCCCUGCGAGGAGGUGUACGUCAAACACGUGGGGAACAGGAUGUACAAUGUGACGUACACCGUCAAGGAGCAGGGCAGCUACAUCCUGAUGGUGAAAUGGGGCGACGACAGUGUCCCCGGCAGCCCCUUCCACGUCACGGUGCCUUAGGGCCGGCUCGUCACGGCCUUCUCUGACUGACACGCCUCUGUCUGCACCAGCACAGGACCCUCCUGCACCCACUGGCCCGCAGCAGCUGAGGUGGAGCCCACGUCGCCUCCACUGAGGACAAAUGUUGCUAUAAACCAGGGUCUCGGAGGUCCAUCCGUGGUCUUCGGGUGCAGCUAGAACAGCAGCUGUUUUCUUACACCAUAAUGUGACUGUUCGCUCUGCCUGCGAUUUAUUUAUUCUCGGAGCUUUUCCCUCAUUGAUUGACGGUCUUAUUGUUGAGCAUGUGACGGAGUUGAUGUUUCUUUUCUGGAUAGUUAGAGGUUCCAGUGCAGCGAGACAACCACUGUUGCUAUGACACAUUUUAUAGUGAUUUUAUAUGCAUCAAAAACUGGUUAAUGAAAUAAAUCGGCCUUGUUUGGCCUAACCUGCCACAGGAAA